UUUCACACACACCACACACAGUAAAAAAAUGCGGAAGCUCUCGUUGCACCUGCGCAAACUGCUCCUCCUCCGCUGCUUCUCCACCUCUCCCAAUCCCCUCACCCACCACCCCCUCCCCGCCCCUCGAUGUCCGCCUCCGGAAUUUGUCUCUUCAAACGCCUUCUCCGCCGGCCGACGCCACUGGUUUUUUCCCAUCAGAAAUUUCUCCUCACAAACAGGAAACCCAUCCGCAGCGGAAAAUUCUUUCAAUCAAAACCCUAAAAAAUCCGAAAACGAUGAAGAUGCAUUGGCUAAAUUGUUUUCCGACGAGCUUCAGAAAAACCCAGAUUCAGAACCCCUCCCUCUUCAAAAAAGACUUGAUCUUUCAUUCUCCCACGUCCGGAUUAGCCCCGCAAUGCUCCUCUCUACACUCAAUUUGUCCCCUGACGCAGGCCGUAUGGCGCUAGAUUUCCUCAAAUGGGCGAAAUCAAGGCCGGGAUUUGAGCCUAGUGAUGAGGUUUACUCCCAUUUCGUUGCGUAUUUUGGGAGGAGAAAGGAUUUCAAAGCUACCCACGAAGUUCUUGUGGAUGGCAUUGGAGUCGCUGGGGUUAAGUCUCUUGAAGCCCUAAUUGAUCGAAUGGUUCGUGCAGGGAGGCCCUCCCAAACCGUUGCAUUGUUUGAGAGGAUGGAGAAAGACUAUGGGUUUGUGAGGGAUAUGGAUUCAUUGAAGCUGAUUGUGUCUGGUCUCUGCAACCAUGGCUACGCGAGCUAUGCCGAAAAAUUGGUUAAGGGUUUGGCAAAUGAGUUCUUUCCCGAUGAGUAUAUAUGUGAUGCAUUGAUCGAAGGCUGGUGCGUGGAUGGGAAGCUGGAUGAAGCCAAGAGAUUGCUCGGUGAGAUGCAGAGGGGCGGAUUCGAGAUAGGUACGUACGCUUACAACGCGAUUUUAGAAUGUGUUUGCGCGCUUUGUAGGAAGAAGGAUCCUUUUAGGCUCGAUAGCGAGUCAAGAAACGUGCUGGUUGAGAUGGAGAGGAACGGUGUUCCUUGCGAUGUGGAGACGUUUAAUGUGCUUAUUACUAAUUACUGCAAGAUUAGGAAGACCUCAGUUGCAUUAGAACUGUUCUCUAGUAUGGGGAUGCGGGGGUGUUACCCUAAUGAGGCUACGUUCCUUGUGUUGAUCAAGAGCUUGUAUCAGGCUGCACGGAUUGGGGAAGGGGAUGAGAUGAUUGAUAGGAUGAAGUCCGCUGGGUUCGGGGAUGCUCUGGAUACCAAGGCUUAUUACGAGUUCUUGAAGAUUCUAUGUGGGAUUGGGAGGGUUGAUCAUGCUAUGAAUGUUUUUGCAAUGAUGAAGGAGGACGGACGCAAGCCGGGUAUUAAAAGUUACGACUUGUUGAUGGGGAAGCUGUGUGCUCAUGGACGUCUUGAUAAGGCUAAUGCUCUUUAUAAGGAAGCCGAGAGCAGCGGGCUGGCUGUGCAGCCAAAGGCAUACAAGGUUGAUCCGAAAUUUGUGAAGAAGAAGGAUACUGCGGUGAAGAAGGAAAAGAAGAGGGAGACACUUCCUGAGAAGAUGGCAAGGAAGAGGAGACGGCUUAAACAGAUUAGAUUGAGUUUUGUCAAGAAGCCAAAGAAGAUGAGGCGGCGUGCUUAUUAAGCUCCUAGCCUUUUCUUUGUGGGAACAUCAGAAUUUCGGGGAGAGAUUGGUUUGAACUCCUACAUGCUUCAUCAAAGAUUACAUGGGAAACUGCUGCGCUAUUCAAAUUCUUUACUUUCCAUUGGAUGCUUUUCGAUCUUUUUUUUUGUCGGAAAUGUAGCCAAUGCUGCCACCAAA